UAAUCGACAUUAAUGCUCUUUUUCUUCUUGUGAUUUUUCAACAAUCCUCCAAACUCCUCUUCUUAUGUUUUUUUCCUCUGUUUGAUUAUCUUCUUGCUUAUCAUCGAUAGUUGUCGCUCUGUUUAUGAAGAAACCGAAGUUUUCUAUGUUUUGUACACUUUUGAAGAAGACAGUAUGCGUGAUGGUGAAAUCAUAGACAAGAACAGAGAAUGUUAUAAUCUCACAAGCUAUUACUAUGAUGAUGAUGAUUGGUUUAGUUAUUAUGGUUGUUAUCAUGAAGUUGAUAACGAUGGUUGUAUAUGGAAUGAUGAUGAAGAUUAUAGCCAAUGGAAUCAAGAUGGUGGUGAUGAUGGUAUUGAAAACCAUGAUGAUGAUCAUCAUUAUGCCCAUGGUGGUGAUGAUGAUGAAACCUUGACGAGCAGGAUUGAAGAUUACAUUGCAAACGUUUACAAUGGAUGGAGAGAAGAGAGACGAACAGAGAAACUGUUUGUCUGAUCUAUUCAAAACUCUGUUUUGUCUCUCUCUGUACAUACGAAUAAAUUAUUGUGGUAUAGUUCACAAAAUUACGUGUA